UAAUUUAGCAGCUGCAACCGAUACUAGCUUUAUUUAAUUUAUUAUAGGGAAUCGGCAUCAGCAGGAAGGAAGAGAAGCGAGAGUACCUACAGGGAGAACAACUGAUACCUAAACAUACUGUUGUUGGUGGCCGGGCAGCUUACAGACCUUGAAAGAAAUCAGGAGAGAAGUUAUAUAGUAAAGUUGGGUUGGUUUGUGAAUUUGAGAUCGAAUUGGGAGCCAUGCAGCCACGGAGAUACGCUUUUGGGAGGGCGGAAGAGGCCACCCACCCGGACUCCAUGCGAGCCGCCUUGUCCGAGUUCCUUUCCACUUUUAUCUUUGUAUUUGCUGGCGAAGGCUCUAUCCUCGCUCUCGAUAAGAUGUACAGAGAUAGAGCUCUAGGGGCAUCAUCCCUGGUGGUGAUUGCCCUAGCUCACGGCUUAGCCCUAUUUGCAGCAGUGGCAUCCAGCAUGAACGUAUCUGGUGGGCAUGUCAACCCUGCCGUCACCUUUGGGGCUCUGGUGGGAGGGAGGAUCUCCCUCCUCCGCGCCCUCUUCUACUGGGUCGCUCAGCUUUUGGGCGCCGUUUUUGCCUCUCUCCUCCUCAAGCUUGCCACAGACGGCAUGAGACCGGUUGGGUUUGGGGUGGCCAGUGGAGUUGGAGAGUUGAAUGCGCUGGUGAUGGAGAUAGUGCUGACGUUUGGGCUGGUGUACACAGUGUAUGCGACUGCUAUCGACCCAAAGAGGGGAAGUUUGGGGACAAUUGCACCUCUGGCCAUUGCCUUCAUUGUUGGAGCAAAUAUACUGGUGGGAGGGCCUUUUGAUGGAGCUUCCAUGAACCCGGCAAGGGCCUUUGGGCCUGCCCUGGUGGGCUGGAGGUGGAGGAAUCACUGGAUCUACUGGGUUGGUCCUUUUGUCGGAGCCGGCAUCGCAGGCCUCCUCUAUGAGUAUGCAGUCAUACAACCCGAGACCCCACACCACCCUCACCACCACCAGCCUUUGGCUCCGGAAGAUUACUAAAUAAGAAACUGCGGCUGGUGGGCUUUACUACGUACUUAGCAGCUACCAAGCGAUUGAGGGAACUACUUGGCCCAUCAUCUUCCUCAUAAUCAUCAUUUCCUGAGCCUCACCAUCAUUAUCAUGAUCAUCAACAUCAUCAGCCGUUGAUAAGAAGAUACAAAAGUUUGCCUGUUGUUUUGUUUGCUUUCUUUGUCCUUUUUUUGUGUGUGUCUCUUCGUGGGUGGUUGGGUGGAUGUCUAUGUUUGUCCUUUUCUCGAGAUAUAUAUGUAUCUAAGACUUCGAUAAUAAAAUGUCAUUGUAUGGCAAUCGUAAAUGAAAAAUAAAACCAUUUUCUUUCC